ACUCAUUCCAACAAAAACUUCUGUUGACGAGCCCAGUGCCUCCGUCGCCGGCACCGUUCUACCGUCGCCGGCCGACCUCCCGUCGCCCUCAAUCGUCGGAAAACAAGUAAGUUUACUUUUUCCGGCAAGUUUUCCAGUUUUCCGGCAAAAAACACGGCGGGCCGAAAAAAAAUUGCGGCCCGAACGCCGCCGAGCCAAAAAACAAUUGUGGCCGGUGCGACGCCUGGCUGAAAAGAUAUUUUCGGCUGGGCGUCGCCGCGGCCGCAAAAUUUUUCCGGCCUGGCCACAAAUUUUUUUCUGCCCGACCAGUUUUUGUAUUUAAUUUAAUAUGUUAAUUAAUUAGUCAAUAAAAAAUUACUUAAUUAGUUAAUAGAAAUUAGCAAUUAGUGUUAAUAUUUAUUUAAAUUGGUGUAUAAAUGUUUUUUUGUAAUAGGCGUAUGAAUGUUUAAUUACUUAGAUUAGUUAAUAGAAAAUUAAUUAAUUAAGAAUUGAUUUAACAAUUAAUGUUAAUAUUCAGUACAUUAGUUAAUAGAAAAUUAAUUAAUUUGUGAUUAAUUAACAAUUAAUGUUAAUAGUACAUUAGUUAAUAGAAAUUUAAUUAAUUAGUGCGCAUCUAAGUAUGAUAUUGUGUAAAUUUGUAGAUAAUUAGAUAUGAAUGAUGCGGGUGGUAGUGAGUUGUAUAGAUUCAAUGGUAGGGUUGUUGAUGCAUCAACACGAAGGAAGGUGCCUAAGAAGAAUAAGGAGAAGAAGCGCUCUCGAGAUAUUGGACAUCAGUCAGAGGCAAAUUUAGGGGAGGAUGAGUUAGAGGCUCCUAUUGUAGUUGCUCGUUCGGCAUCACGGGCGUCUGGUUCCCAUGGGAGGAACUAGGGUGCUGCAUCGAGAGUGGUCUCGGCUGAGUUUGAUGAGGACGAUAAUGAUGAGGAUAUCGAGGUCCCUCCACCUACGCGUGGACAUGGACGAGUGCUGUCUUGUACGACAACAUCACGUCCUGCUAUGUAUAGGGACCGAGCUGGGCGAUUCGUACCACCUGCUCGUGAGGAGACAGAGAGCUUGGGGACUGGACGGAGUAGGGGAGGACGUUCGAGUGGUCCUCCACCGUGGGAGCUUGUUGGUGAGUGUCCUGGUGGAUCUACGGAUCCUAGCCUCAUUAGGAGCUUUCGUGGCCACGCUGCCUAUGCGCUUUGGACGGGGGUUGGAGAUCGAGGGGUCAUCAGUUGCUACAGCCGUACAUCGGCGGUUGAUUAUCUGGGUAGCUACGUGUUUAGUCAUGUUGAGGCGGAGGAUCUGGUUCAGCAGUCAGGUCUCCAGCACCUAAUCUACUCUAUGUUCCACAAGAUAGCGAUUGACGAGGCUUUGAUCUCAGCUUUUGUGGAGAGGUGGCAGCCAGACAUGAACACCUUCCACUUGCCUUUUGGAGAUAUGACGAUCCUCCUCCACGAUGUUCAGUACUUACUGCAGAUUCCUGUUGAGGGACGACUGAUGAGUAGGAGUUCUGCGCAGCUUGACCAUCCGGAGGUGGGUUUGUGUGCGCUUCUUGGGAUGAACUCGGAGCAGUUGAGUGGUCGUUCGGAGGCCCCUGGAUAUGGUAAUAGGGGUAAGUGGUACGAGAAGGGUGGUUUUCUUGCAGAGAUGGCGUCCAGAUACUUGCAGAGCCACGGGACACAUGUGACAGAGGCGCAGUCGUACUUGUUGUUGCUGUUGGGGUCCACUUUGUUUGUGGACAAGAGUAGAGACAGGGUUCGGCCGGUGGUGAACCUAUUUUUGGACGAGUUGGAGGAGUUAGAUCAGUACAGUUGGGCGUCAGGUACACUUGCUUGGUUGUACAGAUACCAAAGUUGUCAAACCGGUUUAUGCCGGUGUGUCAGUUUUAUAAGUGGAAUGGUCUGACCGUGGUACAACCAGUAUUCAUGCCGGUUGUGCCGGUUUUAAUAAAAUACAUGAGGAAAUUUUCUGACCGUGGUAAAGGUUCCGGCCGCCGGAAAUUUUCGGCCCGCCAGGUUCCGGCCGCCGGAAAUUUUCGGCCCACCGUCUGUUCGUUUCAAAUCGUCGGAAAAAUUGUUCGAGACUACAAAAAAUUUACGCAUCUGCUUAGUGAUGAUUCAUGGAUGCGUGUACGCAGCAUAUGUCGAGGAUAGGCUUUCCCGAUGAUUUUUCCGGCGACUUUUCCGGCGAACGUCGAAUUUUUCUGAUUCAAUACGUUCUCUCAAAGUUGGAUAUGUUGUAGAUUGUGAAACUCUUUAACCAAAGAUGUACAUAUAUACUUUUUUUUUAGUUGGCGGCAAAUAGCAAUUUGGUUGGCGGCAAAUAGCAAGCCCCUAUGAAAUAGGAAAACAAAUUAAACAAACAAGAUAGUUAGAAGCAAUUCCAGAUCAUUAUUAGCUAUUUUAAUAUACUCAUCAAUGCUUUACGAUAUUUGUAUAUAUAAGGCAGUCACCUAACAAUAAUAUUUGUAUUUUUUAUUAACAUCAAUGUUUUACUCUACUUUUAUAUCUCAUUAUGUGUUUGGUUGAAAUUAAGUAUGACCUCACACAUCAAUCGAUUAGAAAAUAUGUGAGGUUGAAAGUUAAACCUUUUACCACUUCAAUCAUAUGAAAAUUUUAUGGGCAAUCAUUUCGGUUUUUUUAAAAGGAUAAAUAUAAGAUAUUAGCCACAACUAUUAUGAAACGGGGAAUUAUAGCCACAACUAUGGAAAUUCAAAUUACUAGCCAAACGUUAAUUAUUCGUUAACAAUUUCGUUAGUAAUAUUGACUAAACUUUUAUGUUUUAAAGUUAUAAAUUAAAACCAUUCCGAUGUGGCUGCUGCCGUGGCCGAUGAAGUGGCCUUCUCCAUCAAAAAUUCAAUAACAGUAACAGACAGUUAGUCAUAUCUUGACCCGCAAUAAUAAUUAUGGCUAAUAAUUUGCAUUUUCAUAAUUGUGGCUAUAAUUCCCCGCUUCAUAAUAGUUGUGGCUAAUAUAUUGUAUUUACCCUUUUUAAAACUAUAUUUUAAACUUUGAAUUACAAUUAUAUCAAGGUUUGAAAUUUUUGUUUUUUGAUUAAUUUUUAGUUGCCAUCCAAAGCGGAGGAAAAUUAGGAAUAAAAAAAUAAAUAUAAAAGUAGAGUAAAUAUAGUUCAAUGGACAGUUACCGGCCUAUGGCUGGAGGUUUGGUACCGGUAUUUGGGAUAUACCGAAUACUGCACCGAAUUUGUCUAUAUUUUGUAUUACCGAAUACACGUAUUAUUUCGUGGGAUUGGGAUUGAGUUUCAAUUGUUCUUCGGUAUUAGGGAUUACAUGAUUGGGAUCGGUAUAUACCGAAAUACCGAUCAAUACCGAAAUAUAAGCUAGUGUGUAUAUUAUCCUCUAAACUAGACUCUCUCAUUCACUACUACGCGACCCUCAACCACCAAGAGUGUCAUUUAAUUAUACAUAGAUGAUUACAUCAUUUUUCACACUAGUAUUAGUCGUCUCUCAACCUUAAAUUCAUCAAAUUAAAGAUUACCAAUUACAAAAACUUGAGAUGUUAGCUCUAGGCAACUGAAGACUCUUUGCUUAGUCUCUUUGCCCUAAAUUAAACAAUAAAAUCUAAUUUAUAUAUUUAAUUAUUAAUUGCAAAGGUAAUUAAUUUUGUAUUUGAUAAUAUCGAUUGGGAUACCGAGGUACCGAUUGGGAUACCGAAAUUAUUUAGGGAUUGUGAUUGAGAUUGAUUUCAGGGUGUAAUUCGAUAUUCGGGAUUUCGGUAUUUGGUAUUGGAAUACUGAUACUGUACCGAUUUCCACCCUUAGUUACCGUCUUACCCGUUACGGCUAACAACGAUAGUUGGAGAGGGGGGAGGGAUUUGUGAUUUUGAAAUGGUGACGGAAAAGUGUAUAAUAUAUUUUUUAGAUAUAA